GCUCAAGUGCGAGAGGCUGCAAAGGGGCAGAAAUGGUAAAAUGGGACAUAUCUUAUUUCUUCACCGUGACUACGCCAAAACAAUUCUUCGUUCAUCUUUGUUCUUGUAGUUGCUCCUUCCAUGUUUGUUUACCUUUUUUUAAACGGCAACUUCCCCUGGAAACCCUGUGUUUCAAAUCAAAUGUCUUUAUUGUCCACAAAUGUGGAAAUUUGUUUUUGGCAUACACAGUACAGACCAUAACUGAUUGGAUUCCGGAGUGGAGACAUUAUGAAUUUAGAGAGAUAAUUGCAUUUGGUAUGAAAGACUUUUUGUAAAGGUUCUUAGUUGCUGCAGCUGCUCUAUAGCACCUUCCAGAGGGCAAUUUAAUAAAUUCAUUAAACAAGGGGUGUACAGGAUCAGAUGCAAUUCGUCUAGCUUUUUGUUUCACCUGUGUUUUAUACAUACAUCCCAAAUGUCGUUGCUCUUUCCCAGCCAAAUUUGUAAUUCUGCACAAUCUGUUUUUGUCCUUUUCCCCCAAGUGUCCAUACAGUGUACAUACAGUGCUUGAAGUGGGGCGGAACGCACCGGUACGCGGUACCAGCACCUCCACAUUUUCGAUAUUCUUGCUUAUGUCCAAUUUCUGGAUCAGAUAUAGACGCUGCAUUGCUUUUUUAAAAACGUACUCUGUGUUGGCUGUAAAAUUUCAAAAAUGGUUCCUAAGUAUUUAAACUCCUCAACUAUCUCAACAGGCUUAUCGUUAAUCAAAACAGGAGAAAAAUAUGGACAAGCACUGUUGUGUCUCGUGAUCGCUAGCUCUUUAGUCUUCUUUGCAUUAAUAGAGAGGGCACUGUCACAACAACACACUAUGAACUGUGGAGAAUUCCCUCAGGCAAAGUCUGCAGAGAUGCAUGUACUUAAAGUCUGCACAAAGGGUUAAAAAAGUCUGCGAAACAAAACCCUGAUGCACCUGAACGCUCACCGGGAACGCUACUCAAAGUCUGUGAGUGUGGAGAUUGGGAUUCAACCCUUUUCAUGGAGACUCCGUCAUUUAUAUUUCUUUUUUGUUCCACCACUUUGAAGCCUCUCAGAGGAAAUCGGCCUCUGACUGAAAGACUUCAGAGUUUAAAAUCAAAAACAGUCCUUAAAUCUGUCCUUUUUACCUCCUUGAUAACUUUGUUAUUAGGAUUAAAAUGCAAAUGUUCGUGAUGUUUCUGUGCAGAUUUGAGCAGCACUGGGCUUCAGUGGCUGCAGUGAACGUCAUGAGAUUGGGUUUUUUUGUUGGUUUGUUUCUGGUUCUUGUUUGUGUUAUUUCCACAUUGUCAAAUGGACCAAUUGUGACACCUGGAAAGACAAGUUGUCCUCUGCAUCAGGACAGUGGACGCACCAGGAUCCACUAAGACUGCUGUUGUUGCUGUUGUUCAACAUUGUACAGCUUCAGUUUCAGCCACAACACCCCAAGACAGCAGGUCCUCACACCUACACGACAAAAUGAGUUAUCUGUCAGGGUCUACCAAAAGAAGUCUUCUGGGUAAGCUUUCAAAAAUCAGCUUGUAGCAAAACUAAUAUCUAGCUUGACCGUCACAUUUCAUAGUUCAGCCCAUAUUUACCACAAUCGCUGCUUAACUACAGAUGAUUUAAGGAAGUUUUAAAAACACAAAAAUCUAUUUCCCUGUUAUCCUCCCACACCUGGGCAGUUUCUCUGUCUCCACCGCAGCCUGCCUGCGGCCCGACAGCCUGAGUCUCAUUAACAGAAGCAGAAGAAACAUUUGUUCAGUUUGGACCAUCAGUCACAACAGAAGAACUCCUGCUUAGAAAGGUUCCCUGAACAAGCCCGAGUGUGCAGCUGCUGUUGGCAGCUGGACGCUCGCUUCACAGCCAACGAGCAGCGGAUGUGUACAAAUACGAGAGAGAGAGAGAGAGGGGCUGAUGGGAGAUGUGGCAGUACGGCCCGUGGAUACAGGGGUUUCUGGGGUUUCUUCAGGCGGAGUCAGCAGAGUAACGCCGCCUACUCGUGUCCUCGCCAGAAAAACUGUGUGAUCGACAGAACGAGCCGCAACCGCUGCCAGCACUGCCGUCUGCAGAAAUGUCUGUCUGUGGGCAUGUCCCGAGACGCUGUAAAGUUUGGUCGCAUGUCCAAGAAGCAGCGGGACAGUUUGUACGCCGAGGUGCAGAAACACCGCCUCCAGCAGCAGCAGCAGCAGCAGCAGGGUCCUCCCCUCCUGUCCCACCCCAGCCUCGGCAGCCCGAACCCGGGCGAGGCUGAGCCGCUGUCCCCUCACUACGGCCUCUCUUCCACGGGCCUCACGGAGCUGCAGGAUGAGCUGGGAGGCUACGUGGAACAACACUCGCCUGAAGGAGGAUCUGUCUCCUCUAAGGCAGACUCUGGAGGAGGAGAAAGAGGAGGUGGCGGGUUCUACCUGGACUUCCAGCCAUCCCCGGAUCAGUCCGGGCUGGAUGUUAACGGCAUCAAACCGGAGCCGCUGUGCGACUACGGCUCCAGUAACAGCUUCUUCCCGUACUGCUCCUUCAGUGACGGGAACGCAUCGUCCCUGGCUGAACUCGAUCACCUGGCUCAGAUCAUCUCGAAGUCCCACCUGGAGACGUGUCAGUACCUGAAGGAGGAGCUGCAGCAGAUGACCUGGCAGAACUUCCUGCAGGACGAGGUGGAGAUCUACCAGAGCAAGCCGCGGGAGGUGAUGUGGCAGCUCUGCGCCGUAAAGGUCACCGAGGCCAUACAGUACGUGGUGGAGUUCGCCAAACGCAUCGACGGCUUCAUGGAUCUCUGUCAAAAUGACCAGAUCGUGCUGCUAAAAGCUGGCUCUCUGGAGGUCGUCUUCGUCCGAAUGUGUCGCGUGUUUGACUCGCAGAACAACACCGUCUACUUCGAUGGGAAGUUUGCAGGUCCCGAUGCCUUCGAGGCGUUAGGUUGUGACGACUUGAUCACAUCCGUGUUCGACUUUGCUAAGAGCAUGUGUUCGCUGCAUCUGACGGAGGACGAGCUCGCCCUGUUCUCGGCCUUCGUUCUGCUCUCCGCAGAUCGGUCGUGGCUGCAGGAGAAGCUGCAGGUGGAGAAGCUGCAGCAGAAGACUCAGCUGGCUCUGCAACACGUCCUGCAGAAGAACCAGAGGGAGGAAGGGCUGCUGAACAAGCUGAGAUGUAAGGUGGCGGCGUUGCGUUCCCUGUGCAGUCGUCACACAGAGAAGCUGUCGGCGUUCAGAGCCGUUUACCCCGACGUCGUUGGGACGCACUUCCCUCCUCUCUAUAAGGAGCUGUUUGGUGCCGACCUCGAACUGACUCUGCAGACGGACGGUGACUAAACGCCGACCACGAGCUUCACAGAGCCGAGCUGUGAACGAGGGACCGAGUCCGGCUUCCGCGGCGAAGGAGGACGGGACGAUGACCCGCACCACCAAAGACAGAAACUGUGAGGCCGCUUCUCCUGGACAGCCACAUGAACGGAGAGAUUUUAACUUCUUUCUUCACCUCCCCUUCCUGCUCCUCCUCCUCUCAUGGCUCUGGGUUUGGAUGCAGUGAGAACUCAGGUGGUCUCCUUCCACCUGCAUUAAUACACAUGCUGUGGAUCCAGGAUCUGGGAUCAGAUUCACCUCUGACAUCAAAAGACACCUUCAGGAUUCAGAUUGUCAACACGUCUCCUCUUCUCAACUCACGCCCGAGUGUCCGCUCACAGAAAAAAUUUAUUUCCACGUCCUAAACUCGAUUUGGUUUAGCAGGAAGCUUGGUGACGUAUACUGACCGCUACCGGUUAGCUACUGUGGUGAGAACAUGCAGAUUGAAUAUAGGUAGCUCAGUCGCUAACCAGACUUUUGUGGCGCCGUUUAAACUCAGAGCAGAGCAGGUUUUUAUAAAACUGGGUGGGGCAAUAAGCUUCUCAAAGGUUAGCUCUGAUAGGGCUGAUGUGCAAUGAUGUGAAUUUGUUAUAUAUGCAUGAACGUCUCAUCUGUUUAACUUUUUAUCCCCUCUUUUGAUUCUGUAUCAUGUCAUGACCACAACAGCACGUAAAAACACAUCUUAUAAAGUGCAGGUUUUCAGAGUGGGAGGCGGGACGCCCCGAGUGUGUGUGUGGGGGGGGGGGGCUCCAAACCGUUCCAAAAUAUAACUUCAGUUAUUAAAAGGAGAUCACAAAGAAUGUCCUAAAUGUGUUCAUGUGCGAAUUUAAUGUCUUCCCCACUUUCCCAGAGUCAGAAACAAUAAACGUCUUAGGAGAGACCUUU